GAAGGUCGGGGAAGCGAGGAAGCCGGCGGAAAGCCUUUUACGACCGUCACGUCACACGAUCUCAGCCUCUCCAGUAAAUCCGUCGAUGAGGACGUCGUUUUGUUGCUUGCGUUUAAAAUGGAUAUGUUUUCUCCUGUGUUAUAUGUUUUAAUGGAUCGUUUGUGCUGGCCGUUAUUGCUUGCUAUGUGGCGUACAAUCAGUCGGGCUGCACAACAGGGGCUGGGGCCAGCAAGUGCCCCAACACCUUCACUUGGGUUUUGGUCUAAAUUUUGGGAAUUUCGAGAAACUGAAAGAGGGAUUACCGUUGAAUGUGUAGCUAAGAAUUUAGCGGCAAUGGUCGCCGUCUGGGGUUCAUGUCGGCUGGUUGAUUAUGGUGACUACAAAGCUUCUACACAACUGGCGGAGCUCCAUGCUGAAUUGAAGAGUGAAAGGAAGCGUCGUGACAAACUUAAGGAACAGUUGAAAGAACUAAGGGAUAGGGAUAUUUAUGGUCGAGUACCUACUCGUACCUCUGUCUUUCUGCGAAGAAACGUGGGUUUCUGCAUUGCUGUGCCUUGGUGUUUGUAUGCUUUCUCUUCAUACUUCAUGGAUUUUGAUGGUUAUUGGAAACGAAGAGCUGAAAAAAGACGAUUUGAGAUCAAGGAAGUCACGAGAGACCUGGAUUCUAUGAGGAAGAUGAGGGAGGAAAUGGAGCAUUCCGUUAUGAGCGAAGUUUGCACACCCCUAGUUGUAAUGUCCUGUUACAAGCAGAAGUCACAAGUGAAAAUGCGAAGAGCAAUGGAAAUACUGGAGUCUGAAGCUGGUUCUAUUUAUUGUAGUACUUGGCAGAACAUAUGCUUUUGUGGACAAGGGGUGUGAAAAUAUGUUAAACUCUAGCAUCUCUCUACUUGUUUGGUCUUAUGCGGUGGUAUAACUAUUUAGUCU